AUGGCGAGCACAAAACUCAAUAACAUUCGCUUUCCUGCGGGAGACGACGACCACCGCGCUGCUCGGCUGCGGUGUGCAAUGGCCUGUCAGGCAUACAACAUGAUGCCGGAGAACGCGACCGUGGAGCAACGGUCAAAGCUAUGGAGGAACAUUGUGACCACUGGCUCCAUCACUCCGCCCUGUGAGGAUGAGCUCGAAAACAUCGCGACCGGCCGAAACAGCAACAACCCAUUCUCCAAAGGUGCUCCGUACGUAAAGCCGCCGAUUCACAUCGACUACGGUACCAGGCUCCAGAUCGGGGCGUCGACCUUCAUCAACCGCAACUUCACUGUCAGCGACACGCCGAUCCUCCCCGUCACUAUUGGCGAACGUUGCCUGAUCGGGCCCAAUACGUCGAUCUAUGCCGUUGGCCAUCCCCUCGACUACCGCGAGCGCGCCGGACCGCUGGGAGCGCCGAGCAUUGCCAGCUCGGUAAUUAUCGAGGAUGACUGCUGGAUUGGCGGCAGUGUCAUCAUCAUGCCCGGUGUGUGCAUUGGGAGAGGCUGUGUGAUCGGCGCGGGCAGCGUAGUGACGAAGGAUGUACCGCCCGAGCAUCUCGCGUACGGCAAUCCUGCGCGCGUCAUUCGCAAGCUUACCGACGGCCCCGCCGAAUCAGAGCACGCCCCGGCCAAGCAGAUCUCAUCCGCCCAUCUAUCUCCCGAUUCCGAUGCAGCAGCAACCGCCAAGAGCGAUCCGACAAUGACAACAUCCCUGGCCGCGCCCCCAUGCUCCCAUUGCUCCUGCUCCCCACGUCUGCCCCGGGCCUUGUCUUCGCACGCCGAACCGUUGUUGCUGACAGUGCAGGCGAUGCUCCUAUUCGCCGUCAUUCUUCUGCUGUUGCGCACCUACACGUAA